AUGGCAUUUUGCCUGGUUUUUAUGCGCGCGACAACCGGGCGUUCUUCGCCGUCUCCGGACACCACGCAAAACGUCGCAAACGCUUUGGUGGAAGGCCUAGUUGAAGGCUCCGGGCUUCGAGAAGGUGACUGCACAUAACAUCGGUCCUUGGCGUAUAUGUGGUGGGAGUCCACUUCAAGACUCCUGCGAUAUCGAUAAACGUUCACAAGGCGUCGUGAAACGUACACGACCUCAACCAUGCGGCGAACGGAAGGUAGCGAAUCGCCUGCGAAGGACGAUCCGACGAAGAAAACCAAGACCAUUUGGGCGUGCGACCGAUGCUAUCGACUGAAAUCGAAAUGCGACUCCGGAAGACCGAGCUGCAGUUCGUGUAUCAAGUCACGAGCAAACUGCUCAUACGACGCCCGGCAGCGAGGGCCUGCCAGUGCUCGUCGUGGGAAACGCACUAAAGCAAUAGACCAAUAUGUACUCAUGUUGGAGGAGAGACUUCGGGAGGUUGAGACUAUCAUGAAGUCAGGACGCCCGCCACAUGAUUGGCAACCCUCCCCCCAGUCGGCAGAACCGGAAGCCGCCACUAUAGCAUCUGGGUUAUCGCAAGAACCUCGAAGGCAGUCUUCUGUGAAUACAUGGGACACUAGGGCAUAUUACGGCGAGCGCCCCCUUUCAAACCAUGCAGCCCCAUUACAACUCUCAACGAACUCGCCAAUGGACAUCACAAUGAUGACUAGCCACACGAUACCUCAAUCCGCUGCACACACAAUGCUCUCAACGCCAAAGACGGCUGGUCCACCGGUUGCUCCAGAAGAGAUGUUCUCGCGUGAUGUGCUCAUGGAUGCGGUAGACGCCUACUUCAAAGCCGUGUGCGUGCGCUGGUACAACGUUCCAUCUCAUGAAAGGACGUUUUGGAGUCGACCGCUCGAAGAGCACCCGAUCUUCCUGGUGUAUGCCAUGGCGUUUGCAGGCGCUCCCUAUGCGAAGCACCCUACAGCGAUUGCGUUCACAAAAAGUCAUCGGUUGCCCGGAUACAAAGCCGGAAUGCCUUACUACCAUAAAGCCCUUGCAAUGAUACCUCAGGUGGUGAACAGCCCAAGCGUGGAUAAUCUCAUUGCUAUGACCAUCCUCGCUAUCACGGGAAUUCGAAUGGGGGACCCAGCUGGAACGGACACCGCUUCCCAAGCAUUACAUAUGGCGAAUCAGCUCAAAUUGGAUGUUGACCCCGAUGUAGAAGAGAUUCACGGCUCCAUGACCUGGCUCGAAAAGGAGAUUCGACGACGGCUGUGGUGGUGUGUCUGCGUUGUCGACUCGACGGACUCUUACAUCCGCAAUCGGGAAAAGAGGAUCGCAGAUCAAAAUCAACCUCUCAUAGAUAGGACGCCAUUUAUAAGGAAACAUUCAGUAAGAGUUCGUGCGGCGGCACCGGAUGCCGUGUUCAACUCGGUCGAAACUCCGGACGGACUUCCUGCGAUGGGGGCGUUCGUACCAGGAGAAGAUCUCAACUGCGUUGAGCACUAUGCGCAGCUGUCGCAGAUUUACUCCCGCAUCCAAGCCGUUGGAGGAACCGUGACCACUAUCGUCGGGUUUGCUACGGACGCUCGACGCGCACUUGAGAAUGUGUCUAUCAGCGUCGCGCAGUUGCAUACAUCGGCGGUUUCGUACGCGGAAAAGGACACGGAGGUGGAGAUGCUAGAGGCUGAUUUAAGGGCAUGGAUGCAAGGACUACCAAAGUGGGCCCAAUCCGUCAGCCACUGCACAAAUUUUGCAGCGGACUCCACGUCACGAGAUCCCCCGCCAUGGCAACUCUUCUUCCUCCACGUCAUGUACCAUUCUUGUUACGUGGCGCUUCAUCUCCCCACCAUCUUCCACUCUCCUUUGGACCGCACGACAGCGUACGCAAAGGCCUUGAAGCACUCGCGAGAAGUAACGCAUCUUCUGCAACAGGCCUUCGCCAUCGACCCACACGCGUCCUUCAAUCCACUACACAGCUGUCUUUUCGCAUUCUACCCGGCCGUCACGAUUGCCAUCGCCAUGCGGGAAGAGAACGAAUGGAGAGAGCGUAUGGCGUUGCAACGCGAAUUCGAGAUGUACUUAUCCUGGAUCAAGGCAUUUGGCGACAAGUGGUACUUUGGCGAGUAUUUGAACUCGGUUUUGGAGGCGAUCGGACAGGAUUGGGCGAGCAGCCCGCUUUCGGCAUCGCGAGAGCAUGUAGGCCCGGGUGCGCCUGAAGCGGAGGGAUGGGCUGCUACUUCUGUGUCGCCUAAUCGGCAGUUACCGUAAGCUUCAGCCCACAAGGAACACGAUUUUGCAGGCUAUGACGGGCAGGCGUAGGCUUUCCAGCGAUUCAGUUCUAGAUUGUACCAUAAUCGUGUACAGCUCUACUCCUGGAAUCAUUCUGUAGACCACCUUCUAGACCAUGUUGAUUUUCCUGUCUCCGGUGAAUCAAAAACACUUAU